UUGGUCGAGUGCUUUUGAAAACCGUCUUUCAUUCACUCUCUACCCGCACUUUCUUCUCCACAUUUUUUCAAAGGAAUUCUCAGCUGCGAUUGCUUUUGAAAAGGUAUUCAAAUCAUGAGUAGGGAGGAAGAAGAAAUGGAUUUGGAGGUGGAUAUUCAGAAUCCGUUCGGUUGUUGCCAGUGCGACGGAGUUCCGGUUGAUCUCUUCGCCAGCGAGUCCGAACACAUGCCUUGUUAUUUAUCCUUACAUUCCGACGAUUUGCGCCUCCGUAUUCGCCGAUCUGCGCUCUCUCUUAUUUAUCAGAGCAAGUUUUCGUACGACUUAGAUCCGUUUCUCGUCUACCUCGCUGCGAAUUACGUUGAUCGGUUUCUCUCUAAGCAGGAGAUUCGGGAGGAAAGGUCGUGGAUCGCGCACAUUCUGGUACUGGCAAGCCUUUCGCUUGCCGCCAAGAUGAGGAAGUUUGAUCUAUCAGAUUUACUCUCUGAUUUACAGAGAGAAGUCGGUUUAGAGUUUGACUCACAAUCGGUUCAGCGAAUGGAGACGAUUUUGCUGGCGUCUCUGCAAUGGCGAAUGCGCUCCAUCACUCCUUUCUCCUUUCUCCAAUAUUUCGUCUCUCUUCUCGAAUUGGAAGACGCUGCUCAAUGUGUGAAGAACCGAGCUUGUGAUAUUAUCUUCAACGUUCAACACGAACUGAAGCUGUUACAGUAUAAGCCUUCCACAGUUGCUGCUUCAGCACUUGUUUGCGCCAUCCAGGACUUGAAUAAAUCAGACGGAUUCUCUUCUUCGGAAGCCACAAUUUGUUCCUCCGAAUAUGUCAACAAACAAACGUUGUUGGAAUGCUUCACCGUGAUGCAGAAGGCGGCGAGAGAUGACAACGAACAAACCGGGAACGGUACCCCGGGGCCAACGGACAUCCGACGUACAAACUCGAGAACAAGAGAGGAGGGAAUAGAGAGAGACAAUGUAGAAGAACGGCGGCGGCGGCGCCUAAACGGCGUCUGUGACGAUAGAACAUUCCAGAUCUCUCAAGUUCAGUACUGUUAAGCGCCUCUCAUCUUCGUCACAAUUACGGUCAGCUUUCUUUAUCAUAUCCUCAAAUCAAAACAUUAUUUAUAAAAACAAACGCCUCAGUUUCGAUCUUCCAAUGAGUCCUGAAUUUCGAAUCAGAUAUUCCAACAAAAACUUAU